CACCUCCCGGGGAGGCGGAGCGAGGGGGGGGCGGGGAGCAAGGGAGGAAGUGAGCCGACUGGCAGGCGAGCUGGCACACGCACACUCACACACACACAAGCACACCAGCAACCGCACACACGCACGCAUACACAGACGGCUGUAGUCCGAGGGGAGGCAGGAGCCGGUGGCAGCCGAACAACCCCAGAGGGAGCAGGAGGAGGAGGAGGAGGAGGAGGAGGAGGAGGAAGAAGAAAGAGGAGUAGGGAGGAGUUAUCUGUUACUAUGGCAAUGACUGCGGGGACUACAACAACUUUUCCCAUGAGCAACCACACCCGGGAAAGAGUGACUGUAGCUAAACUCACAUUGGAGAAUUUCUACAGCAACCUAAUUUUACAGCAUGAAGAAAGAGAAACCAGGCAAAAGAAGUUAGAGGUGGCAAUGGAAGAAGAAGGAUUAGCAGAUGAAGAGAAAAAAUUACGCCGAUCACAGCAUGCUCGCAAAGAAACUGAAUUUCUACGACUCAAGAGGACAAGGCUUGGUUUGGAUGACUUUGAAUCCCUGAAAGUUAUAGGGAGAGGAGCCUUUGGAGAGGUACGCCUUGUCCAGAAGAAAGAUACAGGCCAUAUCUAUGCAAUGAAGAUAUUGAGAAAGGCUGAUAUGCUUGAAAAAGAACAGGUGGCCCAUAUCCGAGCAGAGAGAGAUAUAUUGGUAGAAGCAGAUGGUGCCUGGGUUGUGAAGAUGUUUUAUAGUUUUCAGGAUAAAAGGAAUCUUUAUCUCAUCAUGGAAUUUCUCCCUGGAGGAGACAUGAUGACAUUACUAAUGAAGAAAGAUACCUUGACAGAAGAAGAAACCCAGUUCUAUAUUUCAGAGACUGUUCUGGCUAUCGAUGCAAUUCACCAGUUGGGGUUCAUUCACCGAGAUAUCAAACCAGACAACCUCUUAUUGGAUGCCAAGGGUCAUGUAAAGUUGUCUGAUUUUGGUCUAUGCACAGGACUAAAGAAAGCACAUAGGACUGAAUUCUAUAGGAACCUCACACAUAACCCACCAAGUGAUUUCUCAUUUCAGAAUAUGAACUCAAAGAGAAAAGCAGAAACAUGGAAAAAAAAUAGGCGGCAAUUGGCAUAUUCCACAGUUGGAACUCCAGAUUACAUUGCUCCAGAAGUAUUCAUGCAGACUGGGUACAACAAAUUGUGUGACUGGUGGUCUUUGGGAGUUAUUAUGUAUGAAAUGCUAAUAGGAUAUCCACCAUUCUGUUCUGAAACACCACAAGAAACUUAUAGGAAAGUUAUGAACUGGAAAGAAACUCUAGUAUUUCCUCCAGAAGUACCUAUAUCGGAGAAAGCCAAGGAUCUAAUUCUCAGAUUUUGUAUUGAUUCAGAAAACAGAAUUGGAAACAGUGGAAUAGAGGAAAUCAAAGAUCAUCCAUUUUUCGAAGGAGUAGAUUGGGGACAUAUCAGGGAGAGGCCAGCUGCAAUUCCCAUUGAAAUCAAAAGCAUUGAUGAUACAUCAAAUUUUGAUGAAUUUCCUGAGUCUGAUAUCUUACAACCAGUGCCAAAUACCACAGAACCGGACUACAAAUCCAAAGACUGGGUUUUUCUCAAUUAUACCUAUAAGAGGUUUGAAGGGCUGACUCAGCGUGGUUCUAUCCCUUCCUACAUGAAAGCUGGGAAAUUAUGAAUGAAACUCACAUACGCCCACACCCCAAAAGAACUCAGGUAGCUGCAUCACCAAGGCUUGCUUGGCGUAGAUAACAAUACACUGAAAUAAAUAUUCCCAAGGACGGUGGUGCUCAUCGACUUCAAGAGGAAAUUCUACAGGACUAGGAUUUCUAAGACUUCUACAGGAAUUAGUUGGCAGUGCCAGCUGGAUUUUUUUUAAUAUUUGACUAUUUUUGUUAACUUUAUUAUACAAAGGUACUGGAAUAAAAGGAGUGUACAUCCCUUUGUAACUGCACUGCCUUCACGCAUAUUACGUCCAUUCUGCCUCUGUGUACUGUGGCUUUGUACUGUAACACUUCUAAUCAAUUCAGGAGAAACACAUAUCAUUUAAAGCAACAUAGGCUAACUUGUAGGUCAUGGUGCAGUAUCGCUGUUUUCUUGCAAACCUUAUGGGUUUAGAUAAUCAACAUAAAAGCCAUCCUCCAUAGUUGUUGUUAGAACACUUGCCCUAUUGAUUUAAACAUCCAUAGAGCAUAUAUGAAGACAAUUUAAAUAAUGAUUUUUAAUAGACAUAGGAAAUACACUGGUUAUUUAAAGUUAAUUAGGUUUGUCAUCAAGUUAUUGUGCAGACUCCACCAUACAGAGCUGACAAGCUUGUGAGCCGGUUACGGAAGUACAUACACCAUGUCCACUCAUACACAACACUAAUCCAUUUCCUUUUCAUCCAGAAAUACUGUUACCUUGUAUACAACUAUCUGUGUGUGCCCUUAGGGAGAUAGACUGACUGUCCAAUAGAGAACAUCCAGUUGCUUUCCUUAUGGCAAAAAUAUUUGUUUUUGUUUUUUACAGAGAACAUGCAUUAUUUUCACUUAAUUAUAUAGCAAGUUGAUUUUAUGAAAUGACUAUGAAGGCUUCUUGUAAAAUUUGUGUAUUUUUAUUAAACUAUUUUUUUAAAUGUCAACCUUCUGAUCAUGAUAAUGAACUUGCAGAGAUGCCAAGAGCUCUAUACUUUGGUUUUCAAGAAAGAUGAAGUUGAUACUUAUCAUACAGUACCAUUACCUUUGCUUUCAUUGAAUGGAAGUCUCUCCUUUGGUAGUACUUGUAUUAUUGUGCCAUUAGUCAUUAUACUCCAAAUGUACCAAAGAUCCUGAAUUGAGUGGAUGGUUGUGACUAAGAGGGACUUUUAUUUUCCAUUGGAAAUGACAUUAAGAUAUGGAAGGGUUUUGACUGAGGUUAACUUAUUCAAGGGCAAUAUUAUUCACCUUCAGUUUCAUCACUGUGGUUUAAGUAGAUGGGUUCCAGGAAGUGAACGUUGGCCAGGGUUUUGUGAUAGGGUGGGAGGGAGGGAACAUGAGAAUUCAUACUCAGAUCUACUGAUGUGGCCAAUCAGUCUGUCUUGCCUGAAAGUUAGAUAAUCUUUUAUAGCUCUCUAUUUUAGUUCUGAAAUGACUAUCCGAAGUUUCAGCAUUUCAUAGGAACCCAAAAGUAAAGGAGUAAACUGUUACCAGAGAAUGUCCUGAUAAUUUGUGGCUCCAAACAAUGAAAGCAAUCGAAACUACAAUUAUUCUAACUGGCCUUUUCCCCCCAAAUCUAGAUGGAUGGUUACUCUGGAAUAGGAAAAAUUAUGCAAAAUUUAAAAGCUUUUACAAUUAUUGCUGCUAGGUAACCCCAUACCUAUCUCAAGAACAUCUCGUUUUUAUUUUUGCCACCUACUAUUCAUUUUCAACAUUUGAAUCCCAGCUAUGUGUUCAUCUAUGACUUCAUCUUUUUAUUGUUUUGAUCAUGUUGUAUCUUAAUGGUGAAAGCUAUUAAAUUUUUGAUUUGGGUUAUCUCAUUUUGACUUCGCAAAGCUAUAACUGCCUUUUAUAAACAUUUUCAGCUUCCAGGAUUCUGCUGGUUUUUUAAAAGAGCUAUUCCAAUAGGAUAAGCGCGUUUUGGUAACAUUCAAGGAGAUUGCAACCACAUCCAGUUCUUAAUUUCCCCCUUUUACUUUAGUAACUAAUACAGUAAAACAUUGUUAAUUCAAGAAUCAGAUGGCCAAAUAAAAUAGUAACAUCUAGUGAAAGGAGCUAUAUGAAAGGAUAUUUAUCCACUAUCACAUUUUAAUUGCCAGAAACCAGAAAAUUUAACCAAGCUGCUUCUUUCCAAAUAUUUCAUGGAAAGAACCUAGACAUAUUCCAGAUUCCUUGUCAGUACAAGUCACAUAAAAAGUUUACUUUGUUUAGAUUAAUAGUUGUUAUUUUUCCCACCAUCACCAGUUGACAGGGUGAUUCACAGUCCAUCAGAUCAUUUCAUCAAAAGCAUUUAAGUGCCUAUCUAAAAGCAAUUAAAGACUCUUUGUCCUUUGUGAGUCUAAAAUUUGAUUAAUGAUGCAGAUUAAACAGGUGAUUUGCAAAGUACUAUUGAGCCUAUUACAUGUUUACCACAUUUCUGGUAAACCUUAAAUGGCAAAAUACUAAACAUCGGAGUUAUAGCACUUGCUUUGAAAAUUGUCACAUUUGAAUUAACAGAAGUUUUACUAUAAAUUAUUUUUUCCUAAUAUAUAUAUAUGCAUACAUAUAUAAACUGUAUAACUCAGAUUUCGUGAUAUCUUGAUUUUAUUGUAGAUUUUGACUUUUUUAUUGAAAAAUGCCACCUUUAUAUUAAAGUAGUUAUGUUCUUUUUCUUUAUAUUUCUUAUUAAUACCUCUUUAAAUCUCCUUUAAAUUUACCAAAAUGUAGAGCCAUCAGAAAAUAUUGAAUUGCUUAGAAAUCAUAUAUGAUUUCUUAGCAAAAUGUUUUUAUAAAUUGAUUUGGCAAAGACAGGAAAUGAGAAUUGUGAAAUAUUGGAAACAUUUUUUGAUCGUUACAGAUCAUUAUUAAAUUAUUAAUGAAAUUAAAAUGAAAGCAUAAUGUAUUAGACUUUGUUUUUUAACCCCUACAUAUUUUCCUGGAAAUCUGUCUGUUUUAAGAAACGAUUUUUCCAUAUAUAAAAAUAUUAUUUUAAUGCUUGACUGUGGAAGAUCUAUAGAAUAUUGGUAUUACACUUUAUUUGUUGGGUAAAUUUUUUUUUGAGUUGUCCAGUUUUUUUACAAUUUCCAAAGAAAGUAAAUCUCUGUUUUGAUCAGUAGAGACUUUGUGCUCCUAAACACAUUCUCUCGUCUGAAACCCAUAAAAAUUCUAGAUGAAUGUUUUCUUACCCCAACAUUUUCACUUUAUUUUUAUUUUAAGGUUUUUUCUUUUCCCUUUAGAAGUGCACUUAUUUCUGAAAGAUGUACAUGAAUACUCAAACUUAAAUAAAAAAUAUUCAGACCUCUAGAGGCAAUACUUCAGUUUUCUAUGAAAGUUUAAUAUUUGAGGGUAAUACUGUUAUUUUAAAUAAGAACAAGGUUACAAACAGGAAAACAAUAGACCUCCAUUCUUAAAAAGCAAUCUGAAAACAUAGUUUAGUAAUUGUGUAGAAAUUAAUCAUCAGAAUAUUGGGUUCUGUGUUCAGUUACGACAAUUUGUAAAUGUUGGUUUGGUGGGGCUUAGGUUUCUUUUUCAAGAGUCAGACAAGAAUAAAAAGCUAUGUUUACAAAAUUC